AUGAUGCAGGGCUGGGGGCGGCUGGACCUAAGCGGGUGCCUGCCCCUGUCCGGAUAUACGAACCCCAACAUGCGGAUCCAAGUGGCCGACCUGGGGCAGAUACGACAGAACGAGGCUCACUUCCUUACCGGAAUCGUGGCGACGGGGACAGGGCCGAUUAAGGCGGUUUUAGUCUGGCACGAUUACCCGGCGGCUGCCAUGGCGAGCACUGUCCUCGUCAAUGAUCUGGACCUAUGGUACAUUGUCAACGGUGGUACACCCUCUAAAACACGUGAAGACCGCGUGAACAAUGUGGAGCGCGUCGAGCUGUCAAACUUGCAGUCGGGCGACAAAGUGGCUUUGCUGGUUAACGGCAGCAAGAUUGUACACAAUCUUAUGGGAGGCUCUCAACCUGAUGCGGCGCGGCCCCAAUACUGGGCUUUGGCAGUGGUCGGGCAUUUCAAGGGCACGCUGAAGGGAGUGCUCAACCCAGCCUUUGCACGACCACUUCGACUCACGCUACUAUAUGCCGACGGUCUAUGCUUGCAUGCUCAUAUGCAUCCCUGCUUGCCUUUAUCUCCAUGCUAUCGAGAUAAGGAUUGGGCCUCGCCGGUGUCGGAGUACGAGAUCUGGCAGUACACAAGCGGCGAUGAGGCGGCAGGCUGUGUCACAGUUAUAGAUGACUCGCCAGUACCUUCAAUAUCCUUAACGUGCAACCAGGCAGCUAAUAGGUUCAUUCUUUCUGAGACAGGCACCGCGACUGGCAGCUACGUGUAUACGGUCAAAGAUUACCUUGGGCGCUGUCUGACUGUGAUCAGCGACUACCGUAGCGUUAGUGGGUACAGCACCACCUUCUCGGACUGUCAACAGAACCUGUGGCAACAACUGGCCUUGUUCAAGAACACCUUCUUUACAACGCGAGUAUGCUUUCUGCCAGAAAGCGAACUCCCGGGGCUGCACGGAGGCGUGUGCGCCGCUCAGGUGAUAUCUGCAGGUGAUCGGCAGAGUACAACAUUGAAUUUGCAACACUGGUGUUUUGUUGUAUCACGACUUCAGACUGCUUCAGAAAAGUACGUCCGAUCGGCGGAUGUCAGAAUCCCGAAGACGGUUUGGCAGCUAGUGCCAUAUGCCCUCGCUGGAUACAGCAACACUGGCUCUGACAGGUACUGUCUGAGCCACGUCACACCCCCACUCGAGGCAGGCAAGAACGGUCUCCAGGUUUACCCGCCGGACAUCUGCGAUGAGACAGACAUCAGCCAAGCGUUCUUGCUUCUCCCCACAAAUCCGGAAAUGCCCUGGCUGCGCUUUAAGGUUGAAUGGUUCGUCGGUACAGGUAGGUUUCUUCUGUCGUCGUAG